ACUUCCGGGCUGGGUGUUUGUUUGGGACUGGGGAAGGGAGGCGGCGGGUGAAGCGCACGUAGAGCGGGGGGAGCGGCGCUGCCUGUGGAGAUCCGCUGAGGCCGACAGGACUCGCUGGCUGCCGUCCCCGCUGCCGUGCACUGGGUUACAAAAACAACUAACAUACAACCAUGAAAGAUCCAAGUCGCAGCAGUACUAGCCCAAGCAUCAUCAAUGAAGAUGUGAUUAUUAAUGGUCAUUCUCAUGAAGAUGAUAAUCCAUUUGCUGAGUAUAUGUGGAUGGAAAAUGAAGAGGAAUUCAACAGACAGAUUGAAGAGGAGUUGUGGGAAGAAGAAUUUAUUGAACGCUGUUUCCAGGAAAUGCUGGAAGAGGAAGAAGAACAUGAGUGGUUCAUUCCAGCUCGAGACCUCCCACAAACUAUGGACCAAAUCCAGGACCAGUUUAAUGACCUUGUCAUCAGUGACAGUUCUUCUCUGGAGGAUCUUGUGGUCAAGAGUAAUCUGAAUCCAAAUGCAAAGGAGUUUGUUCCUGGGGUGAAGUACUAAAUAUUUGAGUAGACGGGGCCCUCUUUUGGUGGAUGUAGCACAAUUUCCACACUGUGAAGGCAGUAUUAGAAGACUUAAUUGUAAAAGCUCUCCCUUCUUGUCACUGUGUUACACUUAUGCAUUGCCAAAGUUUUGUUAGUCUUGCAUGCUUAAUAAAAGUGCUGAGACUGUUAUUAAGUAAAAAGCUGUCAAACGUUUACUGAAAAUAAUUGGACCUUGGCUUGAUGUGAAGGACAGUGAGGAAAGAAGCACCAGUCAAGUUGUGACAGAUCAGACAACCUCUGAAAGAGAUUUAGAAAUUUGACUAAAUGAUUUGUUUCAAUUGAGACUAAACUGGUCACGUGGUGUUAACCAACACCUGCUAAUGCCUUAACUUAAAAAAAGUCAAUUUUGAAAGUAAAGUUCUAAUUGUUACACAAAUUACUUCGUUCAGACUUCAGUAUUGUUACUUAUUGUAUUUGUCCCCGUGGAGAGAAGCUUGUACUUCAAAAAUAGACUUGGUAAUGAAAGAGCUCCACGCAAGCCAGCCGGUCUCGAGUGGCUCCUGAAGUCACAAAGCAACAAACAGAUGAAAACUAUCCCCUGAUUUUUACAUUAUGUUAUCAUGUUAGAAAUGUUGAAAUCCACUCCUAGUUAUACAUCCAAGGAGGAGUGUAAUUUGAAAAUUACGUCAUCUUCCAAGUUCCCCAGUGCUUCAUAGCUGUGUCUAUGUAAAUUCUAGCAUAUAACACUUAGUCAAAUUGAACCAAGGAAGUCUUAGCAUUCUGAUUUGAGUGGUGCUUUUCCCUUGCUUUGUUAAUCAUCACUACACAGUAGUCUACAGCACAACAACUUUUCUUUUAACAAAGCUAGAACAGUUUUGGCUUCUUAAACUUCAUAUUUGGGUAGGUUAAGCUGCCAUACGUGUUCAGUGUGAAUAGUGUUUAAGUUGAAAAUAUUGUAAAAAAAUUAUAUUUUUUCAAAAAUAUUUAAAAAAAUAAAUAAUAGUAGAACUGA